AAGGCUCACUUACGUUAAAACAAAUCACAUACCCCUAACUAAAAUGGCCGAAAAUGGUGUCUGUUGUGCUGCUAUGUAUCUUUGCUUAGGUGUUAUAGCAGCGGUUCUUGGAUUAGUCACAGCAUAUCAAGUGAAACCGGAAAGGUGUUGCGAGUGCAGGAGGAGGGUGUUUAUUGGUUCUUGGAUUUAUUUACCUAAAAGGACAAAAAUGCGGGACUUUGGUGCACUUCAAGAUAUUACUCGCAGCUGGAAUCGUUUGCUUUGUUCGAUUUUUCGGUGUCAUGUUAUACUAUGUGAUUGCCAUAUUGAAUCAAGGCUCCUCUAAUGUUUCCACUAGUGCGCCUUCACUGCUCAGAUUGCCUAGCUCAAUAGUUUGGGGAAUGGGCAUGUCUAACCUAUUUAA